CUGAGCGCGCGCGACGGUCACAGCGAGCCUGACUGACUGAAGAUUGAGACGGUUAAAAACACAGAGAACGGGACAAGUCAAACCCACUGAAAAAAUACGAUCUAGAAAAGAAGAAAAUAAACAUUUCUCAGAAUUUAAACGAAGGAAAGAUGCCGUUUACCCAGACUGAGAGACAUCAGAGCCAGUGACAAAUGUCAAAAGGACCAGCCGAGGUAACACGGUCUCAAAGAUGAGGGGUUACAACAUCCCGGUGUUCCGUCAAUCCUCAUUCGAGACAACGCAAUCAACAUGAUGUCAACUUUGAAGGACACACUGCAACUCGAAUACACUUCAUCGCCUCGGAUAUACUCUCGCUGUACGGAAGUGAUGAAAAUUUUGCUUCUAUUGAUUGACACUGGAAAAAAUUCCCAGGGUUUUUCCGGUUGACGUUAUCCUUUUUUCAGUGCCUACAAUUCAUUGGAAUCCUACAUAUAAAGGGCUGCAAUUUUUGCUAGUCGAAGGACAUAGAGAGUCAAGAAGAAGGACCUUGAGUCCUUAAUCAAUAUCUUGAAUUAAGAGGACAACUGUCACUGUUCAAACUCCAGCAAAAGGACAAUGUUGGAUACUCGCUAGAUGGGCUUGUGAUUGGAAGUAUAGAAGGGCAAAGAAAGAUCUGCGUUUUCCCAGCUACACCGACCAAGAAUAUUGACUUGAGACAUUGGGUUAAAUUACCUCUGCAGAGAGAGUGGAGUACAUUGCCUGGAAUUAUGGCCACAGAGAGCCUAGUUGAACUCCGCGAUUGGUUGUUCCUACUUCUCCUAUGCCUGACGUUAUUGGUCGAAGUCCUCGAGUUUGCCGCAGCAACAGCUGCUGCCGCGGAGGCAGCGCUCGGGGAGGCGGAGCUUCAGGGAGACGUGCCGUGCCCCUCAGCCUGCAGGUGCGACGAUGGCUUCAUUUACUGCAAUGACCGAGGCUUGAGUAUCAUCCCACCACUACCAUUAACGGCAGCUGUGCUCUAUCUGCAAAACAACCGCAUUGACAAUGCUGGGCUGCCAACAUCUUUAGAGCGACGGUUGACUGUACGAGUAGUUUACCUUUAUGAUAACGAACUUGAUGAUUUUCCAACGCAUCUGCCUCCGUCGUUACGAGAACUUCACCUACAGGACAACAAUAUACGAACUUUACCCCGUUCCGCUCUUGCGCGGCUCCCCCUGCUGGAGAAGCUUCACAUGGACGACAAUUCCGUUUCAACCGUAAGUAUAGAAGACAAAGCCUUUGCCAACAAUCCAAGGCUGCGUCUUCUUUUCUUGUCACGCAACCACCUCUCAAGUAUACCGUCGGGAUUGCCUGCAUCACUUGAGGAACUCCGUCUAGACGACAAUCGGAUUUCAACUAUUCCGACACAUGCGUUUCGAGGUCUUUCCUCUCUAAGGCGUCUCUUCCUCGAUGGGAAUCUGCUGGCAAAUCAACGUAUCGCAGAUGAUACGUUCUCACGGCUGUCUAAUCUCACAGAGCUCUCUCUGGUUCGUAACUCGCUCCAGGCACCACCAUUAAACCUUCCGAGUAUGCAUCUCCUUCGCCUCUAUCUACAGGACAAUGCUAUAGCCCACAUGCCGCGAGGUUCCCUGGAUGGGAUGCGAAGGCUACAGAAACUGGACCUGUCGGGUAACAACUUGACGACUCUCCCAAGAGGCUUAUUCAAGGACCUGGACAGCCUUUCGCAAUUACUUGUCCGAGGAAAUCCUUGGUAUUGUGGCUGUAACCUCCGCUGGCUUCAUGACUGGUUGCACGAGCGAGGUGCAUCAGUGACUGUGAGAGGUUUAACUUGCCAUGGACCAGAGAGACUAAGAGGCAUGGCACUAAGGGACCUUACGAGUCAAUUGGAAGACUGUGAGGUUAGCGUAGACACCGCAGGAGCAAUGGUUGGAAACGAUGGAGCAAAGAAGGAGAAAGGUUAUUUUCCCACACAAGCGCCAGCUACAACAACUCCUCCGCUUCCGCAGGGUUCUCUCUUUACCCUCAGAUCCAGACGACCAGGACACAAGUAUUCAGAUAUUAGCCAGGACAGUCUUGGAGGUGGAAAUGGGGUUACAGGUAAAUCAUUACUAAUCAGUGUAAAACCUCUCACGCCAGAGACAGUCCACAUUACCUGGCAGGCUGCACAGCCUGUCCCCUCCUUUAGACUUUCCUGGUUGCGACUAGGCAACAGUCCCGCAAUGGGGUCAAUCACAGAAACGCUUGUGCCAGGGGAUCGCCGUGAGUAUUUACUUACGCAACUACAGCCCCAAUCAAGUUACAUCAUCUGCUUGGUGCCUCUCGCUGGAAACGAGGGUAAAAGAACGUCUUUUACCGCAACUGGGGGUUUAAACAUAAACACAAACUCGGAGCAUGAGCAUCCUGCUUGUGCCAAAACAGAGACAGAUCCCCUAGAACAGCCUAUUUCAGACCAGGACGGUGAUCAAGGAACUGACCAACUGUCAGCCCUACCUCUUGCUGGAAUUAUUGGGGGUGCAACAGCAUUGGUGUCUUUGUUCUUAAUUUUUGGCAUCUUCUGCUGGUACGGACACCGUGCGGGGUACCUCGCGCCGGGUGACCAUUCUAUAUACGGCAGAGAUGUCGUUGCAUCGCGAGGUGCCAGCAAACAUUACGAUGACUAUGUUGAGUCUGGAACCAUAAAAGACACAUCCAUCUUAGAAAUCAGAGCUCACGGCUUUCAAAUGACACCAAUGUCUGCCCAGCAGCCUUUGCAGCCCAAGGCAAAAGUUGAGGAUAUGACAUACAUUCAUACCAUCUUUCCCUCCAAUAAUGCAACUCUAUAUAGGAGCACCCUGAACCACACAGGAAAUCCAGGCUAUGGAACAAAUCGAGGGUACAGAGAAGGGGGAAUACCAGACAUAGAUUAUUCAUACACGUGAUAGCCUUUUUUAUAACUCCCUUACUAUUCUGUUCCUGUUUUCAGGUAAAGCAGUUGGGUAGGGGUUCUCUUCCCUAGGUUCUAAAGUAGGGGUGUGCCGAUUCUAAGGGGACCAUUUUACCCCCAUCUAUCAUACACAAAAUGUUGUUACUGGAUAGAAGAUGUCAUGUAGAUUUUUUAAGAUCAAAUUAUUUAUACUUAAGAUAGUAUAAUUUUCACUCCAUUGGAGCACUGAAGACGGUUAAAACAAAAAUCAGAAUUCUGCAAACUGAAUUGGGGAUUUUAAUGACCCAGUUCAUUAAUACGACUUACUAUUCAAAACCAGGUGUUAAAGGGGACAUUGGAUGCAAAAUUCACUUUCAUAUGGUGGUUGUAUAUAGAUGUCUUAGCAGUGUGCGGACGCAACCACCCUACAAUGAUAAAAAUCAAUUCACUCCUUUUUUUUUUUAAUUCCCAAAAAAACCCAAACAGUCUCAAUUAUCAAGACAUUUUGAUUUUCACAUUAGCAUUACCAUAUCAGCCACUUGUACGCCAUCCACCAUUUUCUCUGCACUCGAGCAACUGUAGGGACAACAAUGUAUCGUAAGCAAUACAGGUGUUUUGUAGCUGAAUGUAAAAGUGAACAUAAGCGUCUACAUUUUCAUUCAACAUCAGAGCCACUGAGGAUGCAUUGGAUUUGUAUAUUUUUGAUGGCAAUGCGCCACCAAAUACACAAAAAACACAACAGAUGGGUGGAGUGAGCAGUAGCUCAUUAUCAUUAAAAGACAUGCACCAAAACGAGCUGUUUUCGACUACCUAAUCUCAUGAUGAAAACGUACCUGUGGGAAAUACGUACCAAUAACUACAUAUCACUAGUUUCCAACAAAAAUAUCUAUAUCACUACAGGCGGUAAAACAGCGAGUACUUGUAACGGUACAUUCACAGCGUCAAAGCUUUAACGCAUCAUAGUGACUACAGCCAAUCACAUUAUUUUCUGGUGUUGCAUAAAUGAGAUUGGCUAGCGUCUGCACUAGUAUAUUUACAUAAAGUGAUCUGAUUGGCUGACACCUGUAUUGCCGCUUGAAAAGUUGAAAAGUUUUCAACUUUUGCCGCAAGCAACGCCAGUUAAGCGAUGCAAGGGACCUCGGCAACACUUGACGUCACUCCAUUCAAAGUAAACGAGAGGCGUUGAUGCUGAGGAGCAAUGUGAAUGGACCGUAAUCAUUUUCGUACACAGUUAUGAUUAAAACUCUAUAUGUUUUGCUUUCCAGAUGUAACAAGCUUGCACGGUAGCUCAGCUGGCACAGAUUUGGACUUAGGAUGCAGAAUCCUUGGGUACGAAUCCUGUGAAAAACGUGACUCAUGAUGAAAGAGCUGAAAGAUGAGAUUUAAAAAUAAGCUAAGACGGCAUGCUUGCAAUUGCAUUUUUACAUCACAUUUGCUUUUGUUCAUACUAUCAGGUUGGUUUAGGUGUAGCGCCAAUGGUACCUUAUUUUAAAACGUCACAAAGCAUUAGUUACAGCGCCACUCAAGGGACAUUUCAAGUCAAAACUGUGGUGCAUGGACAAAACCAUCAUAAAAUUCACCAUAUGUAUGUUCACCUGUUCUGGGGAAAAAACAAACAAACACUAUUUUAGCACCACUUAGUGGACAUUUCUGUUGGAAACUGCAGUGAUAUAUACUAAAUUGUAUGUAUUUUAUGUCUCAUGAAAACGCUCCCACAGAUACACAACCAUUUACACAACCAUUAAGGAAUUAGUUUUAAGACAUUUUCAUGAAGACCCUUAAGAAAAAGAAGAACAUUUUUCUCCCAACAUUAGAGCCACUGAGGACACAGUGGGUUAGUUUUGUUUUUGAUGGUAAAGCGCCACCAAAUACACAAACAACAAAAGAGAGGGAGGGGGUGAGCAGUAGCUCAUUAUCAUUUAAAGAGACAUGCACUGAAACUGGUUGCUGUGAACAAAGCUGUUAAUGACAAGUAAAAAGGGUGUUGUUUUACACGACCAUUGAGAAAUUUUAGCCAAAGUAUGUUGCAGACAUUUCAUGAAAACCUUAAAUCACCAACUUGUGGAAAAUGGGUAUCCGAUGUCUCCUUUAAAAAAAAGCUUUAUAGACUAUACUGCAGACACUCUACAUAAAUGAUGCAAAACAAUAACAUGAUUACGUAAAAAGUUCAGAAAGGAACACUGAUAUGUGGACGAAGCAGAAUUUAAUUCGGCACACCCCUAUUCCAAAGUACCCUUUGUGCCUCCUUUAGUCUGUUUUCAAAACAUUGUUCUUAAUGGGCAAAAAAACCCUCUGGAACAUGCUUAAAAUACUUGUAAUAGUCAGAAAGUGCCAGGGAUACCACUAUUGGUGUUGAUGUUAUCCAAAAUUCAGAUGAUAAUUGAAGCUGUUGAUAAUUUUGCAUCUUAGUACCAAUGAUUAUCAAAGUCCUAAAACUAGCUCAUUUUAAGGGUUAGCAUGAUAAUGAUGAUGAUGACGAUGAUGAGAUCUGGGACCAGGUUCAUAUAGAUAUAAUUUUACUACCUGGACUUUACUGUGUAUAUAUGCACUGGGGAAAACUGAUGCCUUUCCAUUCUAGGGAAUACUGACAACGACAACAACAAAAAAAGAAAUCUUUUUUGGGGGGGGGGCUGUUAUUCAAAUUCUAAUUCUCAGUUCUCUCUCCCUCCUUUUAUGGGCUUUUCCUUUAUUCUCUCUAUUUCUUUUGCACGCAGCACGAGGACUUUGUUCCCAACCCAGAGAGCUGACAGUGGUGAUAAUGGUUUUGACAAUGAAAGACCUCAAAUUGCUACUGGGUUUCUUUUCUUUUAAUGAGAGUGAGAAAAGUGGGGUAGAAGGAGACAAAAGGAAAAAAAAGGAAAGAGAUGAAGGCACAGAAAAAGGUUUCAUGUUCACAAAGAAAAUUUGUCUAAAAAAAUAAGACACUGAAAAAGUGGAUAUCUUAUGUCUGAGAAAGAGGGGGGGGGGGGGUUCAUAUUUUCCAUUCACCACAUAGAGGUUUCAAGAACAGUCUAAAUAUACGAAGCUCAGUAGUUUUACCUGCUCAACAACAGACAAAUGCAUUUCAAUUACAACGAAAGGAAUGACUUUAAAAAUCUGAGGUCAUUUAAACUAAAGAGAAAGAGGCACUUACAGACAAUCAUGAAAGGGGGCAACCCUAAUUGAUGAGCGAACCCAAACUGACAGGCUGACAUAGAUAAUGCAGUCAAUUUAGCAUGCAAAAAAGCAAACUAAAGGGCAGGACUUGUUGAUACAGAACAUACCAGAAAAUAUCAUUUUCACAAAAUCUAGCAGAUGACUAGAAAAAAAAAUUGACAGAUGAUCAGACAACAUUAACACAUCAGCUCAUUACAAUCUUUGUGUGUGAAACGGUUUGUGUAUCAAAACCCCUGAGGUGCAGGAAAAAUCAGGGAUUAAUAAAAUAUGUAACACUGUGAACCUCUGCAUCUUGUGUGUGGGCUAAGAAGGAAGAGAGAGAACAAAGGUCUUUAAUUGAUUAAAGACAAUCCACUUUUUUUCCCACAGUCUGACUUUGUGUGACUUAAACGCAGCAUUAGCCGGAAGAGUAGAAAGGUAGGAACACUAAAAGGAUAUCCGUACCGGAUCUGCAAUUUUCCAGCCUUUUCUGAUGCAUUUUAAAAGUGAACUAUUCCAAAAGUAGUCCAUGUAAAUCACUUCUUUCUCUCGUUAUAGAUAUGGAUAUACAUCAUGAUGAAUAGUAAAUAAAGCUUGUUAUCUUUUUCAUUGAUAUAUGUAUCAUUAAAAGUUGUGAUGAAAUGAA